AUGAUGCGCCUAUCAUCGACCUUGACUUGGACCUGCGUCCUCCUUGCUCCCCUUGUGGCGAGUAAAGGCCUCAUAGCAGACUACGAUUCGUGCCAGAGUGCGCUAUCCGUCGAGUCGGCUGGCGACUACAUUGCAGAGUUCAAGCAGCAGCCUAUCACUGGAGCGGGAGUGGACGUCGAGUCUCUGUACUGGUCGCAGCAGCAACAGGCCGUCCGGCCGGCCUGCCUCGUCCACGCCCGUGGGGCCCAGGAUGUCGCACUCGUGGUGCAGACGUCGCGCUCCACGGGGUGCCCCUUCGCCGUCCGCGGGGGCGGCCACUCGGACAUUCCCGGAUUCAGUAACAGUCACGGUGGGAUCACGGUCAACAUGGCCGGCUUAGGCGAUGUCAAAGUGGACGCGAGUGCCGGCGUAGCUCGGAUAGGAGCGGGCGCAAAGUGGGGGGCGGUCUUCAAGGAGCUUGAUAAGAUGAACAAGACUGUUGUUGGGGGUCGACUUACAGGGGUUGGUGUUGGAGGAUUGCUUCUGGGCGGUGGGCUUAGCCACUUGUCUGGAUUACAUGGGUUGGCGUGCGACAACGUUCGCAACUACGAGCUUGUCCUUGCCAAUGGCAGCAUCUUCGACGUCUCGUACUCCACCCACCCGGAUCUCUACCGAGCGCUUCGCGGUGGUGGCAACAACUUUGGGGUCGUGACCCGUUUCGAUCUGGAUUUGUAUGAUCAAGGCCCCAUGUGGGGAGGCCUGCACGUCUGGCCGUUGCUACCAUCCGUGACAUCGGCCAUCACGUCAGCCUUCGUAGAUUUCGGACACGACGCCCCGUCAGACAAGCAUGUCUCAUUGUUUGCGGGCCUUGGGUUCAUGCAGGGUAACUUCGCCUGGGCCGUGGGGCAGUAUGACACCCUCGGAAGAGAGGAACCUACUAUCUUUUCCAAGUUCAGAGACGAUGCCGAGACGUAUGGGGCUCCCAAGGUUGUCAAGACGGCAAGGGUCACGUCACUAUCGGACCUUGCUGAAGAGCUGAAUCUUUCAGAGCCCGCGGGCAUGCGGAGCCGGUUCACGACAGCCACCUUUAGGAUGGAUGUGGAUCUGCUUCAGCUGAUGGCUGGCUACUUUGUGGAAGAAGUUGAAAGGGCUCUGGAGAAUGGCUUACGUGAAGACGAACGCUUUGCGCCAAUGCUGGGCAUCCAACCCCUGACGAAGAACAUUAUCGGGGCACAAUCCAAGCGCGGAGGAAAUGUGAUGGGUCUCGAUGAAAAGUCUGGACCGCUCAUCGAUGAUGCUGUCGUGAUUGCCGGCAUCAAGAGCGUUCUGAAGAAAUCCGUAGCCACGGCGAAGGAAAAGGGCUUGUAUCAUCCUUUCAAGUACAUGAACUAUGCUGCGGAAGACCAGGAUCCUGUCGCAAGCUAUGGAGCUGAAAACGUUGAGUUCUUGAAAAAGGUCAGACACACCUACGACAGCGACGGAUUGUUCACGGACCUAGUGCCUGGUGGCCACAAGAUCAAAUGA